AUGUUGAGCUUUGUGCUCGAUCUCAGCACUCUCGGCCUCUGCAGCCCACCUCACAGCCUCACGUCCCCAGUCAUCAGACAUGAGGGGCAUGAGGAGGAUCCCCAAUCGGAUCUCCACUCUGUGAUCGUCUCGAAGACCACUCUCGAGACCAUCCGUCAUUCUGUAUCAUCUGGAUGCUUCUUCACUAUGACUUUCGAGGGCAAUCUCAUGACACACUCGAAACCUUGUUCUGUCAGGAGUAUCCAUAUUUCCCGUACUGCCAUCUCGAAAGUCCAGGCUGCUGUGACGGCGAGACCCACGGGCAUGUGCACCAAGACGUUUAUUCAGGACGGAACGGCAUACUUUAGAGCCGUCACGAGCUUGCAUACUGAUGGAAUGUUCGGCACGAGUGCAGUGAAUUCAGAGAUGCCCAUCGCUCCCACCUCGUGCGGCACGCAGGAGCGUACACUUCAGAUAACCACCAUAACUUUCACGCUCGGAGCUAGUCCCACGAAAAUUAGCAGUUUAGAAUGAUCUCGACAGACUCUGUGUGAUCGUGGCGAGUCCCCCGAAAGGAAAUGGCAACAAAGAAACGAAACUGUGGAGACAAUCAGACUAGAAAACGCAUCAGCUCAUUCUUUGUACAUGGAACUGCGAGUCGCUCCUGCAGACAGAUCGAUAGAACCCGCACAUCAAUGAAAU